CUGCUGGCCUCUGGUUCUCUCCUUGUCUGCGGGCCUCCGGCUUCCGCCCCUCCUGCACCUGCCCUGGGCUUUCCCCGUCCGCAACAGUGCUCUCCACGUGUUUCCCACGCACCCCACUUCUGUGCCCCCCUGCCAGCCCCCCUUGUUCCUUCGCCUUCAACCCCGCACCUCCUGCUCCUUUUUGGCUCUUGCCUGCCGGCUGCAGUGCUACUGGACCCCCGCCUGCUCUGCAUCAGUUCGUCAGUCCAUCCAUCUAUCCAUUCUCCCUUCCUCCCUCAUUCAGUCCACCCAUCCAUGCCUCCAAUCCUCUGUCCUUUCCCGGGCCUCUUGCCCUGCCUCUUGGCUCUCUCCCCUGACCCCCACCUUCUCUAGGCCCGUGAGUGGCUUUGGUGAGUGAGCUGACAGCCCCUUCUCCUGAUCUUUGUCUCCUGGGCCCCAGGGGGCACCUGGCCUCGUGGCCUUUGAGGUGACAGCAGGCAUCACGCCCCAGAAGAAGUUUGCAAGUGAGAAGAGGUGGAGGAGGAGACCGCAUGGAGCAGUCUCUGAUGACACUUGUUCUCCUCUGAGACGUCUGACUCCCAGCUGGGGGCUGAGCUGGAGGAGAGUAACAAAAGCACGAAGAAGUUGGAUGCCAUGACCCUCAUUAAAGAAGACAUGUCCAUCUUCGGGCACUGCCCUGCCCAUGACGACUUCUAUUUGGUUGUGUGUAACCACUGCAGCCAAGUGGUGAAGCCUCAAGCUUUCCAGAAGCACUGCGAAAGAAGACAUGGGCCCCUCAGCAAGCUUUACGCCCGGGCCCCACCCCCACCUCCAGCCCCUGCCAGCUCUCAGAAAUGCCAUGUAGUGAAUGGGCAGGGCCCAGCCUGUAGGGCCCCAGGUUCCACCAAAACCUCCUCCAGGGAGAAGGGCCAGGGGUCCCGGAGCCGCAGCCACCAGCCUCCCGAGAAAACUCAGAAGGACAACCUUUGCCUUUUCGUGCCUGUGGUGAAUUUGGAGAAGAUGUCCAGUCUCCCGAAGCCCGAUGGACAUGGAAUCAGGGUGGCCCCGCCCUCUGCUUUCCUCAGCCAGCCGGGUGGCCUCACCAAGGACUCCCCUGCAAAAACCCCCAUGGCGCCCCCUUCUAAGGAACCUCCUGGCAGAGAAAGCAUCGAGAUAACCCCCAGCGAGGGCCUCAGUCACCGAGUGGAAGGCAGCCCCCCUGAAAAGGAGCCUGGCGGGGCCAGACUGCCCCCCAAAACCCACCGGAAGAUGGCUCGGAAGGAGUGCGACCUCAACAGACAGUGUGGGGUAAUAAAUCCAGAGACCAAAAAGAUCUGUACCCGCCUGCUCACCUGCAAGAUCCACUCGGUGCACCAGCGCCGGGAGGUGCAGGGACGGGCCAAGGACUUCGAUGUGCUAGUAGCAGAGCUGAAGGCCAACUCCCGAAAAGGGGAGUCUCCCAAGGAGAAGAGCCCAGGGCGAAAGGAGCCAGCUCUCGAGCGCCCCUCCCAGGAACCUCCUUCUUCAGUCCAGGUUAUGGCAGUGGCAGCUGCUCCCAGCAGCGCCUUCUCUGCUCGUGCCAAGCAGACCUACCCAUACUGUGCACUGCCCAGGUCCCGGGCCUCCUCUGAGAGUGAGUUGGAUGAUGAAGGCCCCUGUGGUGCUGAUGGGGACCCAGGCCUGUUUCCCUUCCCCCUGCCCCGGGGUGGGGCCCAGGGCUCCAGCGAGGACAGUGAGGAGGAGGGGACCUCUGAUGACCCCCAUCUCGCCCCUGACUGCCAUUUUGCAACCCGGCCCCCACGGCCACAGGCGUUCUGUACGUUUGGGAGCCGGCUGGUGAGUCCAGGAUGCUACGUGUUUAGCCGCCGGCUGGACCGGUUCUGCUCAGCACUGAGCUCCAUGCUGGAGCGGCACCUAAGCUCCCACAUGUGGAAGAAAAUACCACCGGCAGCGGAGCCUCCGUCCCACCUUGUCAGCUCCCCCCUAUCUGCUCCCCUGAGCCCAUCCUCCUCGGGCAGCUGUCCCCGCCUUCCAGGCCCACCCCCCAGACCUGCCUGCCCAGCCUCCAUACCCCCCACCAAGGACAGCCUUGUCCCCAGCUACCCUGCAGGCUCCCCCAGUGUGGCAGCUGCCUGCAGCCAGGCAGAGUGCAUUGGCGGGAGCCAGGCCAUCACCUCACCACUGCCUGCCAACACGCCGUCCCCGUCCUUCAGCAAGCUCCCACCUUCGAAGGCCAGCAAGUCUUCCAAAGGCAAGGACGGGGUCGAGGUGGAGGCCCCUUCUCGAAAGCGAAAGCUCUCCCCUGGCCCCACCACCUUCAAACGGACCUGCAUCCUGGAGCCCACUGGAAAAGGCAAACCCUCUGGCUGCCGGGGCCUCUCAACCAAGACUAAAACAGCCCUGGGCAUGGGGCUUAAUGGGACGGUGGGGCCACGAGUGAAGCGGGCGGGGCCCCUGGACUGUCGGGGCUCCCCUCACCCUCCCAUGCCAGUCAAGGCUUCUCAGCUGGACAACCGGGGAACGGCUGGACACCCAGCCAAGUCCCUGCCGACCAACUGUCUCUCUGAGGAGGUAGCAAAGAAGCGGAAAAACUUGGCCACUUACUGCCGGCCAGUGAAGACCAAGCACUGCCAGGCUGGUGCCCCUGCCGACGCGGCCUGCUCUGUGCGCCGCAAGAAGCCGGGCCCGGCCCUGGCCUUUGAGGAGAAGUGCUCCACACUGAAGUCAAAAGCCCAUUAACGAGAAAGUGCCUGCCCACUGCGAUGGAGCCGCCAGCACCUCCUCCCCUCCAGAUCCGGGCCCCAGGCUACUGCCGCUUUUUAUAACUUUAUAUUAUUUUUUUUAAGAAAAAAAAAAAACCUCUUUAAAAUACCUCAAGACUGUCUCCCUGGUCUGUUGCUGCUAAGAAAAUAUAAAAACAGAAACAUAGAAGAAGGGGGAAAAUGUAACAAAAUAAGUGUCCUUACUGUCCCCAACUGCACUCCCCGGGAGGCUGAGAUGUAGGCAGCCAGACGUGCGACGAGCUUGCCUGCAAAAGCCUCUUGAGCUCAUAUAAUUUUGUCCUUUUAAACAGUGUGAAAGUGGCUGGGGUUUGUAUCAUUCGGGGAGUCUUCUCUCCAGAUAGGAUGAUGAGGUAUGUGGCUCUGACUGAGCACAGCUCCCCGGAACUGAGCCAACUCUAGUUCCACUGGGAAGGGAGACGUCUUCCAGGGAGGGAGCCACACCUCUGGCCUUACUCUUGGGUCUUUGCCCUGAGGGUCUGUGGGAGUCAGCUGGUGACCCCUUUCUGGUCUUCCAACAGUCCUGGGCCUCUGCCCAGUCUCCAGAUUAUUGCCUCAUUUUCUGGAGCUGUUCGUGCCCGGCCUGUCUCUUAACCAGCAACCUAUUUUCCCAAUAGAGGGAUCCUGAGCUGACUCUUAGGAUGUCCCUGAAUUCUGUGGGGACAGCCUGUUUUGGUCUCUUGCCCUGGCGUGUAGGUUUGCUCAUAAGGAAAGGGUGGACCUUCUCCCCGGUAGGACGCCUGGAGCUGAACCACACCUUCCUGGGGAGGCAGGAAGGGAAUGAUCCCUUACAGAACUUCCUCAGAGUAGGAGGCAGGAGUGUGGGAGGGCCUGGUCCCUCAGGAUCACCCGGCUCCCCGAGGCUGAGCAGAUGGUGUGGAGGCAGCAAGGGAGGGGAGUGCCCUAGUUCUUCCAUUUAUCUCACUGGGGACAACUUCUGUGCAGAUGGGGGAUGAGACAGUUGCCUCUUGCUCUUUUUUAAUUCAAGCACAGGGCAGUACUUUUUGGCUUCGUCUUUACCUCCUGCUCUCCUUGCCCUUAGGCGGGGAGGGGUCUUUUUCUCUUAAGACAAAAAGGGACAUCAGGUGACUGGACAGCCAGGGAAAUCAGUAUUUCCAGAAAACGGCUCGAAACACUGCUUUCGCACGCUUGGUUAGGCAGACCGAGUUUGUGACUUGGGUUUGGGGGAGAUCACCUGCCAUAAAUGUAAUUGCCACCGGCCGCUUGAGGCAUAAGCUCCCGCAGACAAAA